AGCCAGCCCAGCCAGGCGGCAGCACAGCCGCCCCGGUCGUUGUGUACGCCUGCGAGUGUUGGAGGCGAAGAAAAAUCUCGCUUGGUAUAAAACAAAGCGAAAAAUGGAGGCUUGAGCUGCUCCACACCCUCCCCCUCCGCUGAUCCCCCGCAAACCCUAGCCCCGGCCUAGCCCCUCCCUCCUCCUCGCCGGCGACCGGCCGACCGCGCGCGCGAGCCGUAGCCCGCUCCUGCGGCCGAGAUGCCGCCGCACGGGGAUCUGGACCGGCAGAUCGCGCACCUGCGCGAGUGCAAGCACCUCCCGGAGGCGGAGGUCAAGGGGCUCUGCGAGCAGGCCAAGGCCAUCCUCAUGGAGGAGUGGAACGUGCAGCCCGUCCGCUGCCCCGUUACCGUCUGCGGCGACAUCCACGGCCAGUUCUACGACCUCAUCGAGCUCUUCCGCAUCGGCGGCGAGUCGCCCGACACCAACUACCUCUUCAUGGGCGACUACGUCGAUCGUGGCUACUAUUCGGUGGAGACUGUUUCGCUGUUAGUGGCUUUGAAAGUUCGCUACAGAGACAGAAUUACGAUAUUGAGAGGAAAUCAUGAGAGCAGACAAAUCACUCAAGUAUAUGGCUUUUAUGACGAGUGCUUGCGAAAAUAUGGGAAUGCAAAUGUAUGGAAGUACUUUACAGACCUGUUUGAUUAUUUGCCUCUCACGGCUCUUAUAGAAAACCAGGUGUUCUGCCUUCAUGGUGGUCUCUCUCCAUCAUUGGAUACAUUAGAUAACAUUCGUGCUCUUGAUCGCAUACAAGAGGUUCCUCAUGAAGGGCCCAUGUGUGAUCUUUUGUGGUCUGAUCCAGACGAUCGAUGUGGAUGGGGGAUUUCACCAAGAGGAGCAGGUUAUACAUUUGGGCAAGAUAUUGCGCAACAGUUCAACCAUACAAAUGGCCUCUCUCUUAUAUCAAGGGCACAUCAACUUGUAAUGGAAGGAUUCAAUUGGUGCCAGGAUAAGAAUGUUGUGACGGUCUUCAGCGCGCCAAACUACUGUUACCGAUGUGGUAACAUGGCCGCGAUUCUUGAGAUUGGGGAAAACAUGGAUCAUAACUUCCUCCAGUUUGACCCAGCGCCUCGGCAAAUCGAGCCUGACACAACACGCAAGACCCCCGACUACUUUUUGUAAUUGUGGUGUUGACCUGUUUAACUUAACGGUGCUGAUGCUCCUCUCCUCCGCAGCGUCGGAGUCUGUAGAUCUUGUGUCCUUAGAUACGGGCUCCAUGGGGCCCGAGCUGUAUGUCAAUCAAUUCUUUUGUUUGGAGAUCUUUUUUUGCUGCUUCUCGAUCUUUACACGAGAUGUUAAAGUUACAUGCUCUGAUUUUUUUUCUCCUGAUGUGCUUCCAUUUUGCAUUGUUGGUACACAAUGGAGGGAAGCUGCAUUGGGAUUUGUUAUGUUAGCCUCUGUUAUUGUUUUUCCUUUGGGUCUGAGCAGGAUGCUUGCCUGAAGGAAGGUCUUCUCUGCAUCAUCUGGAUAUAACUGAAUAAUUUUCAUAUGGACGGGGAGGCCCUCCUGGCGAUACUUGCAUUUGCCCCUAUGUGUAUGUUGGUCGGUGUAUUAUAAUGUGUUUGAUGUGAUGUCCUAUAAAUGGGAAAUAUAUGUUUGGACCUGAGUAUUA